AUGGACCCUCCCAAGUCAGCUGCAUCAGAGCUCGAAGAGGCAAAAUCCUCUCCCCUUGAUCGAUAUGGCGACCUCGCACACCAGCAAAAAUUAACACGGAAGGUGCUAUGGAAGCUAGAUAUACACAUACUUCCCAUUCUAGCUCUGCUUUUCCUCAUGUCAUUUUUGGACAGAACCAAUGUCGGAAACGCGAAGAUCCUCGGUUUAGAAGCGGACCUUUCUAUCACAGACCACCAGUAUGAUAUCGGCCUAGCUGUGUUCUAUCUCACCUACAUCUGCAGCGAGCUGCCGAGUAAUUUGGUGCUCAAGAAAGCAUCACCGAAGAUUUGGCUGCCAUUCUUAACGGCUAUUUGGGGCAUCAUCACCAUGUGUCUAGGAUUUGUGGAGAAUUUUGCUGGUUUUGUGGCCGUCCGGGCCUUGUUGGGUAUUGCGGAGGGGGGUCUUCUCCCUGGCAUGGUUUUAUAUCUAUCUUCUUUUUAUAGGCGAGGCGAUUUGGCCCUGCGGAUUGGCUUAUUCUACACAGCUGCUUCCUUGUCGGGCGCAUUUGGAGGACUUCUUGCUCGCGGGCUUGCCGAAAUUGGGCCUCGUGGAGGUAUAGAAGGUUGGCGCUGGAUUUUGAUUAUCGAGGGACUUUUGACAUUCGUCUGUGGGGUGUUUAGUUUCUUUUUUCUUCCAAAUAGUUUGGAAUCUGCAUCUUUUUUAAGUGCAGAAGAAAAGGACUUCGGCGGGAAGCGGCUGAGGCUUGAUAGUCCCGGAUCCCCAGAAGGGUCGCCUGAGGCAGAAUCGUUUAAAUGGUCUGAGGUACAGCGAGGUGUGUUGGAUCUACAAGUGUGGCUCUCUGCUUCCGCGUAUUUUGCCAUUCUUGCUGGACUAUACUCUUUUGGCUUAUUUCUGCCAACAAUCAUCAAAAACCUCAAUUUUGCUAAAGAUGCCAAUGAGGUUCAGUUAUGGUCUGUUAUACCGUAUGCUGUCGCAGCCGUGGUUACAGUCAUCGUUGCGGUCAUUUCCGAUCGUCUUCGCCUCCGAGGCGUGGUAAUGCUCUUUACCCUCCCAAUUGCAAUCAUUGGAUAUGCAGCUAUCGCCAACAUUGACUCCCCUCGUAUUCAAUAUGGUAUGACUUUCCUCAUGGCGACCGGUCAAUAUGCCAGUGUACCGUGCAUGCUGGUGUGGUUGUCGAACAACUCUGCGGGACAUUAUAAAAGAGCUACUACGUCAGCAUUGCAGCUAGCAAUUGCAAAUGCAGGAGGAUUUGUUUCAACUUUCAACUAUCCAUCCCGAGAUGCGCCACUCUUCCACCGUGGACAUACCAUUAUCCUUGGGCUGUUAGUAUUUGCAUGGUUUAUGAUUCUGCUUAAUGUGCUCUACUGCGCAAAAAUCAAUCGAGACAAAAAGAAGGGCAAGUAUGAUCAAUACGUAGGGUAUAAGGAUGACCGUAACCCGGAGUUCAUGAUGGUCCUAUGA